UGGCUCGACGUGGACUUCGACCCCACCACGUGUAGUAGUGAAGGGUUUACACUUACCAUGAGUUUCACGCUCACUCUAGAAGACGUGGAGCGUAUGGGAGGCACCAAGGAAGAGUUUGAAGAGCUGGGAGACGUGGGCAGUGGCAGCGAGAUGGAGUUUGGUGCAGAAGAGGAGGAAGAAGAAGAGGAUAACCUACAGAGAUCAGAGAUUGAGACCUACAUCCGCAGUAUUGGACUGAACACUGGAACAAAUGGAGAGAGAGUGGGUGUUGGUGGUGCAGAGGAUAAAGCAGGAGAGAAAGAAAGGAAGCAAACUCUGGAGAAAAAAAUUGGCAAAGAAGUCAACAAGAGAGCGAAAAAAGAGAAGAAAGAUGUUGGUGAUACAAAAAGACAGCAGGAACCUCAAAUAACUGCUGAGCCAAAAAAUAAGAAAGAGAAAAAGAAAAGUAAGAACAAGAAGAUGUCCAAACUGACAGAUGGUGAAGGAGGGCCAGGGAGACCCAGCGAGAAGAAGGAGGUGGAGAAACGGCUGCUCUGUCUCUCAAUCUCGCCUCAGACCACCAAACUUCUGGUGUCCCCUGACUCCCAGGAGACGUGGUUUGAGCAGAGUGCAAGUACUGAGGCAGCGUUCCCAGUCUCGGAGACAGUUCUGACUCACCUCAAUUCACUGGCCCAACAACUGAUGAACACCGAGACCCAGCUCUAUGAGAAAUUUCGUGAGAAGAGGAAAGGAGCGAGUGACGUGAAGUGGCUGAAAAACGUUCUGUCUUCUGGAACUCUGAGUGAUAAAGUGGCUGCACACACUCUUCAAGUUCAGGAGUCCCCAGUUCACUCCCUGGUCUCGCUGGACUGGCUAAUGGGACUGGUGGUAAAAGGAGGUGGAGUUGGGAAAGCCAUGAAGGGACUCCAUGCCAAGAGAAAAGGCAUCCUUGCAACCAACACUCUGAAGGAGUUGUGGGCGUCGGAGCUGCUGCCAGAACGCAGGAAACUCAAGUACCUGAACCAGCGACCUCUGGACCGCCUCUCGACAUCUUCGUCCACUGGCUCCCUCACCCACCAACAGAGCACCCUCCUGCUUCUCUGGUUCUUCGAGGACCAGAUCAAGUCUCGCUACGUCCAGUUUAUCAACACACUUCAGGCGGCGACCCACGACCCGUCGGAGGAGGUGAGAGAGAAGAUGGUGGGCCACGUGUUUGACCUCCUCCACCAGCGACCGGAGCAGGAGAAACUGCUCCUGACUCAGCUGGUCAAUAAACUCGGGGACCCUCACAGGAAGGUGGCCUCAAAGGCCGUCAUGUUCAUACUGAAACUCCUAAACCAUCACGUGAACAUGAAGAUGGUGGUCACCAGGGAGAUAGAGAGCCUUCUUCACAGACCCAACAUCUCUCCAAAGGCUCAGUAUUACGGUGUGUGUUGCCUGAAUCAGCUGGUGCUGAGCCCCGAAGAUGGGCCUCUGGUGGCCAAACUCAUGGACGUCUACUUCACUUUCUUCAAGGUGUACGUGCAGAAGGAGAGUCUGGACAGUAAGAUGCUGGCCGCCCUACUGAGUGGAGUCAACAGGGCCUUUCCCUUCAUGACCGAGGAGCUGCCCUCAUUUGAGACCCACCUGCAGAGUCUGUUCAAGGUGGUCCAUGUGGGGCCAGUUUCCACGGGGAUCCAGGCCCUCAUGUUACUCCACCAAGUCUCGGAGUCGAGACACUCCGUCUCCGACCGCUACUACAAUGCCCUUUACUCCAAACUGAUGGACCCCGCCCUUAAAAACACUCCAACAGACAAGCAAUGUUUCUGAACGUGUUGUUCAAGUCUUUGAAGAGUGACCCCUCAAUGAACCGGGUCAAGGCGUUUGUGAAGAGGAUGCUGUACGUCUGUGCCUGUCACUCUCCCUCCUUUGUCUGUGGGAGUCUGGUUCUACUGUGUGAGCUACUGAAGGAGAAGCCAGCUCUAUGGCCGUUCGUAAUGCAGGGUAACGACGCGGAAGAGUUUGGGGAUGCCCCCCCUGCUAAUCAUCAUGGUGUGGAGAGGAGAGAUGGUGAGGGGGAGGAGGAGGAGGGUGUGAGUGGUGUCGAGGAAGAGAAAACGGAGAAGGCAGUGGGGCAGAGUGAGAGAUACAGAAUUGGUCACAGGAACCCUCAGUUCUCUGGGGCUGAGACAACUUGUCUCUGGGAACUCAAGGAGGUAACACAUUACAGUUUAAUGCAACAGAAUUUUUGACAAUCGAACGUGAGUUCAGGUGGAUUUACACUUAUUUAGAAAUAUACACAAAGCAUGACCGUAUUGAGGACAUUACUAGACAUAUAGUAUGCACGCUUACAUAAUUAUGUUACUCACCCUUCAUGUGCCUUGGUCUAACUACUGUAUCUUCCUCAACAGUUGUCUCGUCACUACCACCCAUCAGUACAACUCUUCUCGAGGAAGAUUGCCGCAGGAGAAACUGUAGUCUAUGCCAGCGAUCCUCUGGAGGACUUCACAACCAUGAAGUUUCUGGACCGUUUCGUCUACAAGAACCCCAAGACACGUGCCAGUGACCACGGGGGCUCUGUCAUGCAGCGUGUCCAUAGAAGUGGAAUGGCUAACAACAGAGAACUGAUGGCAAACUCUGCAGCCUUUGCGGCUCUGGAUGAAUCUAAAGUAGACGUCAAGGACCUCUUUAUGCACAGGUUUGUUACUCAGAGAGGGAAGACGACGGCAGGGAGAAAGAGGAAGAGGAAGAAGAAGAGUGAGGAUGGUGAGGAGUGGGAGGAAGAGGAGGAGGAGGAGGAGGGUGGGGAAGAUGAGCAACAACAGGAAAAGAAAUUUGCAAACAUGGAUUUUGCUGGAGAGCUACAGAGGGAGGUGAGAGAGGGACAGGAGAAGAGAAAGAAGAAGAAGAAGAGGAGAGGGUCUGAUGGUAGUGAUGAUGAUGAUGAUGGUGGCAGUAAUGGGAGCUCAGAGGACGAGAAAAACAACAUGUACAGAUAUGAAGAUAUGGACGAGGGAGUGUGGGGAGAGAGUGAGGAUGACGAGGGAGAGGGAGAGAAGGCAGAGACCGUCUCGGAGGCUGAACUGGAGAAACUGCUGCUCGACAACAUGUCUGACAAUGAGUCAGGUCCUGAGGAGGCGGAUGAGAGGGAGGAGGAUGGGAAGAAAGCAACCGGCAAGAAGAAACUGGGCGGUUCACUGAAAGGGAAAUUUGAUGCAAGCAGAAUGUUUGCUGCUGCUGAUGAGUUUUCUCACCUACUGGAGAGUGGAGCCGAUGAUGAGAGUCAGAAGAAGCAGCUGAACUGGGAGAGAAAGAGGUCGGGAAGACAUGAACAGUACAGAGCCAAGGGAGACAGAGACGGAGGGAGGGGGAGAGGAAGGGGGAGAGGGGAGGGAAAUGGAAGGAGUGGCGUGAAAAGAGGGAGAGGAGGAGGGGGUGGAGGAAGGGAGGGCGCGGUGAAGAAGAGGAGAUUACAGACAGGCCGCAGGAGGAGAGGCAGGGGCAGAGGAGCCCAGAAUAUGCGGAAAAACAGAAUUAGAACUUGACAGCAAUUGUAUCAUGGUCCUGUUUCAUAUAUCGUUUAAAUUGUGAGGUUAUUGUGGCCACAAAAUAUGUGUUAGCUAUUAUAGGUCCUGCUAUAAUAUAUAAGCUACGAAGCUAGGGUUAGUACGUUGAUAGUC